UACUUGGUCAAUGAACCGGCCGGACACAGAAAGGUGUGCAAUGAUGCGAGGGGAAUGGUUGUCGCAAGCAUGUACAUUUUUCCUUUCUGUCUACUGUCGAUUCAUCGACACCAAGUAACGUGGAGGAGGCUCUGGCAGCAGAUACCCAGGAAUGAAAUCGGUGACGGGUGUUUGUAUGGAUGAGGCCCUCAACAGGAUCAGAAGCUCACUGGCAUGGUCCCAGCGUUUCAGCGUCCCUGGACCCUAACGCAGGCCGGACCGUCCCAGGUCAGCGCCGUGCAGCCGCGAUCAUUGGCGAGACCUUGGCCCUGUUCAUGUCAUCUCAGAAAGCCGUCAUGCAUCAUCUCCCAGUUCAUUCUUACCAACUUGUGUUCACGGGUUGUCAAACGACAACAUUUCACGAACGAAAUGACCGAUAGAGGAUAUUGGCAUUCUUCGGCCAACAUAUUCACAUAAAAGCGAGGGCCAUCGAGCCUAUCGUUCUCGCUGACUUCACUAACUCCGCCGAUGUGACUCAAGCGUGAUUUCGAAGAGAAACUGAAUAACGAACGGGCAAGAAACACUGAAUUGACACAGAAAACGAGAGGAUUCAAAUUGUACAGAGGGCCUGAAAUAGUGAACUGCAAGGGAGCAGACGAGGCCACUGCACGAAACAGAAAGCGGUUGAGUUGCAUGAAUGAUACAUACAAGGGAUUCGCAUGAAAACGAACACUAACUAAUUGCGUCGGCCAUUUCCACUAUCGUUGUCCAAGGCUCGAAUCCGCCGCACCGAGGUCCACCAAGCGAGUCCAGCAGCCAGGUCCCACGACUGUGACCAGGGUCAGGGUCGUUUUCACACUCAUGCUCAAACUGCCAGCAUCUUCAUCAUCAUCUUUCAUAGACCUACCCCUCUGAGAGGCUACGCACGGCACCCAGAACAUCUGGCACACAUUCACAAAUGCAUCCUGCGGCCGCCUCUGCAACCCGCCGUCGGGAACAAGCGCAGAACCCCAGAACACGCAGCGGCCCAAGGUUCGGGGCUCUAGAAACCCCAAACCAUUCGCCCGCGCAGUGCAACGCCCUGCGAGCAUCUACAGAUUGUUCUGUCCUUGUUUCUAACAAGAGGGACGAUAACCCCAGUAGCGUUACACUGAUUGAUGAUUGGAUAAUUUUCCCGGAUACUAACUCAACUCAGCGGAUAGCCAUCAUGAUGUAUGUAUGUUAUUAUGUGUGUCUCCAGGUAUGGGAAGCAUCACAGAGUCUCUCGGAUUUGCUUCAUUCAUGUCCUUUGACUUGGUUGGAUACGAUGUCUCUACCUAACCCAGGCUGAUGCCACAUCUAGCAAGUCGCUGUCUGAGCUCCGGGCGCAUCUUGCCUCUGAUAGGUUCGGCCAUAUCCAGGCUAUCAAUGCCCACCUGCCCAACUCUUACGUACGUCUAUCAACCACGACUCUCACAAACGGGCCUUCACGAGCUUUUCAACCACACUUUUCCCUUUUUUUUGUGUGUGCAAAGCUCUCAUUUUUUGUCUUUCCUGGUUAGAGAGUGAUCCACAAAGAUGCUUGCCGGCGCACGUACGCACACUCGGGGAGAAACAUCUUUUGUUUCGCCAGCUAAUUUGCAAGACUUGAGCUUGCUUUGUAGGCGGAUCCGGCGUUUGUCCAGCCAUAAAACAGAGUAGUUGGUCUACUGGUCACUCGCAUCUGUCAUCUAUUGUGGGAUGCGGGAUGCAUCUAUGCGGCUGAGAGACGCUUGGAGCCAUGCUCUGAAUGGAAUCAAACACCAACUGGGCUCGCCCGGCAUCUCCUUGGUCAGAAUGGAUGGAUCCACUACCCCUUGUGUCGCCGCCUCGGCUGUUCAACUUACCCCUCGACUGCUGUAAGGUACCAGCAAUUAUGCUACAGCCAAGUCAGGAUUGAAGGGCGAGAUGGUGUCGAGCGUAUGUGGUCUGGUUGAUUUGACGCCAGACAAUACACAGAGAAUGCGGUAUUCGUACAUACUACCCACAUGCUGUUGGUGCAUCUGUACACACGUUCAGAAAGAUCCAACAUUUUAUGUCCUGUGACGUCUUGUGCUGCUGCGCCCUAUGCUCUGUUCCCCGGUCAUGCCUCAGCCUUGAUUUGCUGAACCCUUUCCAAACCGCUGGGAUGGAUGAGCACCCACAAGAUUGGCAACAACAGCAACAUGUCAAACCACGACACUAAAGAGCCCCUCACCAAUGCAAAAUCUUUUACUGCUGUAUAUUCAAUCAUGUCCUCACUGGAUUUGCAUCCAUAUCUGGGUUGUGUCUCCCAUCUUUCGAAAAGCACCACACCAGAGCUAUGGCCUCGUGACUGUUGCUAAUUGAGGCGGCAAACGACGGGCGCUGAACGAACCUUGUGGCAUUAUGGCCUUUACAACUACGGGAAUUAAACCUUGAAAUGCCGCGCUUGUGCGGUGUGCCAUUUUUGGAUCUGUACUGACUGGUAAGUCCGCAUUCAGUCUGGAUGGGUUUAUGCCAAGGACUUGUGUCUGACUGUGUCAUCUCCCAUAUGGUAUGUCCUCAUCCAGACCUUGAAUGAGAUGGUACAUAGAAUGGACCGAGGGAAAGGAGCAACACAAAUAUGAUAAGCUUGGACAGGCAAGAAGAGCCAGUCGACAGCGACGGACGUGGACCGUUGAGCCAAGACAUGAUCAAUCUGAUUGACGAACAUAGUCUAAUGGUCUCGGUAAGCCCAUCAGCGAAUGCCCAGAGACAAGACACGCGAGAGAGGGAGGCGCCGUGCCCGUUGAGAUGUGGUUGUCAGCGGACAUUCCAGUCGGGAGAAGAGCCCAAUGUCCAAGCAUAUUUCUCUUGCCCCUCGCUUAUUGACAUUUGCUUUGAGUUAAUAUUGACCUGAGACUUAUUUAAUCUACGCAAUUACCCUUAUUGAUAAGUGCUAUCCGCUGCCUUGCUCUUCCGCCCUUUGACCGCUUGAAAGUCUCGGCACGACAGUGCCUGGAGGCAAUAGUCUUGCGCACCUCGAAGGAUCUCCAGCUCCCUACAGAAAGCCUCUUUCUUGUUUGUCUCUUAUUGAAUCAAGGUUGCAUAUCAAAGAGGAAGCAAUCUUCUAUUGUGUCACGUCAUCGGCUCGAAUUGGGGCCCUGGUCCAAAAGAACAAAGACGAUGCAAUGUGCUACGUUGCGAUACAUGCUGAGCCAAUCGCUUACGGUCCGGUCCUCGAGGCGCCGAUGACCGAAAUAGUGGCCAAACAAUACCCAUGUGGUGUCAUUGAUAUAGGUAGCCUGGUGUAGCCUUGCCAUUCCUUCACUUGGCUACCUAACCUCAACUUGCUCGAGGAUCUCAGGCUUCCUGAUUUUCCAACUAAUUCUAGGUACUAGGUAGUUACUGUACCCAUCAGUGAUACCCAAAGGCAGUCCACUCUGUUAUUGUUAUUCUCAUUCUGGUACGUGCUCA